UAGCAAGAAUCUAUGAUUGGACUUUUAACCACAAGGGGAAAGGUUGGGUAAAAAUAGAAAAUGAACUGAGUGGAAUUAAUUUGAGUAAGAUGAUAUGGGUGCCCACACAAAAUAGGGGAUUGGAUGAUAACACAAGUUUGUACACUUUAAAUGUUUUAAGAGUUUGGGAUAUAAUGCACAGACAGAAGGGGUGGGUUUUUAAUUCACUGUUAAUGCCACUAAGGAACACAGAGUUUUUUGCUCCAGGUAGGGAGGGUAUCACAGGAAAAUGGAUUAUAAAGGAGGAUGCGCAAUUGAGAGAUAUAAUGGUGGGUGAGGAAUUGGGAUCAUUUAAGGAGUUGGAAAAGAAAAAAGGAGAUAUUUUCAAUAGGAUAGAUGAGUGGCGAUAUCACCAAUUGAAGCACUUUGUUGGGAGACUCCCGAAACCUUCGAGAACUAAAAAGGAUUGGAAUCCAUUUGAAAGGUUGUUAGAUUCACGGGGAGAUGGGAAACAUGGAAUUGCAAAAAUAUAUAAAAUUUUCACUGAUUUAGACACCAGCACAAAACUGAUGUAUAUAGAGAAAUGGGAAAGAGAUUUGGGUAUGGAAAUAGAUGAGGGGAAGCAGAAGAAAAUAUAUAGAUUAAUUUAUGAAAAUAUUAGUAUGCGAGAGGUGGAAAUAAAAGACAAGUGUUUGAUAAGAUGGCACAUUACACCG